AUGUAUCAUCAUUCUGUUUCUGUGGGAGAAAUUAAUGAAGGAAAUAAUAGAGAUUCGUACAAUGGAAAUGAGUUACAGGAUGCUUCAAAAAUGGAAUGGGCAUUGAGAGUUCAAUGUUUUAUAGGUUGUUUUUUUCUUUCAAUUGUUGCUUCAUUUUGUUCUAGUUUUCUGUUAAUUCAAGGAAAACUUACUGGUUAUACAGUAUUAGUUUCUAUUGGAUCAGUUAUUUCUAUUAUUGGGUCUCUUUUUUUAUCUGGCCCAGUAAAACAACUUAGAAAUAUGUUUCAAGAGAAAAGAAUUAUUGCAACCUGUGUAUAUAUCUCCAGCAUAAUAAUGUCGUUUAUUGCAGCACUUGCUUUGAAAUCUGUAUUAUUGGCUAUCAUUUGUAUAAUUAUACAAUAUUUGGCUAUGACAUGGUAUUCAUUAUCAUAUAUUCCUUAUGCUCAUAAUUUCAUAAAAAAAUUAUUUUCGAGUUGUUGUUAA